AAAUUACUUGCAAAUUUAUUGUUGUCUUCUACGGAAUUUGAAACCUUGUCAAAAUGAAGAAGCUACAUAUUGGCGGUGGCAAACACAAAGGCAAAUCCUACAAACCUUUCAAAAACAAACGCAGGGGUUCUGCCGACUCCAAUUACUCACAACCGUCAUCCGAUCUGUCGCUAGACGAGGAAAAGGAAUCGCUUCGGCGAGCUAAGGAAAGUCAGGCCCAAAGCCAGUUGGAUAAAGCUAGAAGUAAACCUGUUGCGUUCGCUGUGCGAACAAAUGUUGCCUAUGAUGCCAGCAUCGAUGACGAUUCACCCGUACAGGGUGGUGCUGUUUCCUUUGACGUUAGGGAAUUUCUACACAUCAAAGAAAAAUAUGAUCAUAACUGGUGGAUUGGUCGCCUGGUCAAAGAAGGCUGUGAUGUGGGAUUCAUACCCAGCCCCGUUAAGCUAGACCAUAUACGUUUGCAGAAUCAAAACCGACCCACUGGUAGAUUGUAUGGUGGUCCUAAAGGCUCAUCGAGUGGGAACUUAGGCGGUCAAGCAGGUGCGGAGCCAUCUCGAGGUAGCACACCCCCUACACCUGGUAUGACACACAUGUUCAUGAUGAUUUUUUAG